AUGUCACAGAUACACGCCAUGUCGGAUGACCAGGUCAACACGGAGCUGCGCAAGAUGACGGCCUUCAUCCGGCAAGAAGCGCUGGAGAAGGCCCGCGAGAUCCAUCUGAAGGCAGACGAGGAGUUCAGCAUCGAGAAGUCCAAGCUCGUCCGCUCCGAAACAUCUCGCAUCGACGAAGAGUACAAGAAGAAGUUCACACAGGCAGGCAUGAGCCAGCAGAUCACAAAGUCCACACUUUCCAACAAGACCAGACUGCGCAUUCUCAGCGCACGACAAGAGCUCCUCGACAAGCUGUUUGAGGAUGCCAACAAGAAGCUCGCUGAGAGCGCUACCAAGGACAAGGGCAAGUACGACAAGGUGCUCAAGGAUCUGAUUCUGGAGGGUCUUUAUGCGUUCGUCAACGAGAAGAAGGUUACUCUGAGGUGUCGGAAGAAGGAUGAGGAUGCAGUCAAGAAGGCCGCAGAGCAGGCCAAGCAGGAGUACAAGAAGAACAUGAACAACAGAGAUGUCGAGAUUGAUGUUGAUAGCAAGGAGAGAGUGCCGGAAGGAUCCGCUGGAGGCAUCAUUAUCCUCAACAGCACCGGCAAGAUCGACAUCACCAACACCUUCGAAGAGCGACUACACCUGCUCGAGACGGAUGCUCUGCCCGCUGUGAGAGCUACUCUCUUUGGCGAGAACAAGAAUCGUAGAUUCAAGGACUAG